AUGGGACACACUACAGCGCAAGGUAACUCCCAACGCCGGGCGCGGCUGAGAUGGCAUAUUGCAUACGUCAAACGCAUCAAUGAGGAACGUCUAUCGAAGCAGCGCCCCAUUUCCGAUGCCCCUCAGCUAAUAGACGAAAUUCAAGAAUUCGAAGCUCUGUUUGUGGACUUGCCCCCGCUGCCGCCUCGCCUUCCACGACCCGAUUAUGCUAUUGAUGUCGGUAACCUAAACCCCGAUGACCCCAUGGAGCUCGGGUUCUACAUUGCUUGUCGAAUGGGCCACCUGCAACAGGUUGAAGUCUUCAUUCACGACAUUUCUCCUAGUCACGCAGUUCGUCAAUUUGGUCUGCAGCAAGCUUCUUUCGGGAACCAGCCUGCUGUCGCCAAGUUCUUGCUUGCCAACGGUACAGCUCUCCACGGAUACGUCUUUGAAGGCACGGAAGCCGCAUCAAAGACACGAGGAACCGCUGUUGGCGCUUCCCUUUUCGAGACUUUUCCAGACGAUGACGAUACCUUGGUUCCUCUACUGCAAGCCUUCAUGGACGCAGGGUGGCACCCGAAUCAAGCUUGGGAGCCCAGAGAGGGGAACUACCCAAAUUGGGCGCUCCAAGAUCCUUUAUGCGUCCGCAACAAACCUCUGGCCAAAUUUCUCCUCUCUUGCGGCGCUGAUCCGAAUAUUGGGCCAGGGUGGUAUCAUAUUCCGACACUUAGGGAACAAGAACCAGAUGUCUGGUUUCCAGUUGAGGUUCCGUUUCAUCGGCAUGGGAUAUGGACAUUUGGUCUUGCGAUUGAGACCUGGAAUCCGCGGUUCUUCGAGCUGCUCAGAACGUACAGCGAUCCUGCCCUCAAGGUCUCCGAACUCAUGCCCUUGCUGCGCAUCGUGCGAGACAUGUUAGUAUUAUCAGCUGUCGGCCAACAUAGUGAGGACGGUGAACGAUGGGUGAGCCCGUUCUCCAUGCGUCGUGAGAUGGCUGAGCACAUGUUGAGCUUCGAUGAUGUAGGGGUCGAUGACGUGAAGUGGGCAGGAGAAAGAGGGGAGCAGACUGCUCUGACUUUGGCUUGUGCCACGGGGGACUGGGAUUACGUGGAGUGGCUUCUUGACAAGGGGGCUGAUCCGAGUGUUCUUGACGGGAUCGCUUUCGCUCAUGAUCCCAAGAGGCUGUUGGGGCUUAUGAGUCGGGCUGGGGCACCCGAUUCAGGGCAGGUCGAAGAUGUUGCCCGGCCAUAUCAGAUAAAAUUGAAAAAGGAGCUGGACCAAUAUAAGAUAAACAAUCGAAUUACGCGCCGUUAA